GAUGACGCAUUGAUAAUACAAAUAAAUUGGCGACCGAACUUAUCGCGCGCCCGCCGUUCUAAAACCUAAACAUUAUUAAUAUCGAAUGUUUUAACUGUGCAACAAUAAUAAUCAAAUAUACUAUAUAACUGUCGCAAUCGAAUGUGAAUUCUGAAGAAGUAAUUGCACAUGAGACCUAGGAUAUAUCAACAAAAUAAUACGAAGCCGGCAACUCAAACAUUCCGAAUGGAUCCAGCAGAAACACUAGUGACAAAACUAAAUGAACUGCUAGAUGCUGUACAGAAAGGAGAGAUAGACGAUGUCAAGACCAUAGUUGACUGGUUCGAACAAGACGUGGAUCGCAACAGAACGCUAUUACCUGCCGUGUACGCCGGAGCCAGGCCGUGUCCUACACAGGACGACCUUGUCAUUGCCGCGUGUUCCCACAACCAGAAGCGUGUCCUCGACUACUUGCUGAGUGAAACUGAUAUAUUGGAGUAUCUCACUGACAGUACACAAGACACCACACAAGUGACUGAGAAGAGAACCGAAGCGGUCAGACAUGCGCUGCGGCUGGAAGAUUACGAAAUGGUUGAGAAAUUGUACAGCUACUGGAGCGGCGACUUGUAUUGGAAAGGCCACAAAAAGGAUAAGUUUGAGAAUCUUGGGAAAAUACUAAAAGACGCUGAGAUCUCAGCCAUUAUAAGAGACCAACAACUGCUUAUUAAUUUUAAAUCUCUCGUCACACUGAAUGACUUUCAACAAGAGCUGUACAACAACCUGCCACAGCCACUGUCACAUGACGCUCCCGCAGAAGACACUGCUAGAGUGCUACUGACUGUGUUAAGAACAUAUGAUAAGUAUGCAGAUAUAGAUAGGGUAAGAAUACCAGAUGUUACAGACGCAUUCGAACGUCAACUCAAACUCUACUUUGAAGAUAAGAGCAGCACAUACUUCAGAGCACUUGUGUUUAUUAAGUACGAAGCCUAUUUUCAAAAUUUGUAUUUUAACAUAGCGAUACUUUUGUUGGAAAAGUUGUACAUUUUAAGAAAUCAUUUAAAAACACGUUUCAACAAAUCCAACGAAUUUAUCAAUGAAAAUAAAAAGUUACACAAUCAAUACAUAACCGCAUCGUCGUCGUACAAAGACAUAGAAUGUGCUAUCUACCAUCUAAUCUACCGGACGAGUGAAGACUGGAGACUGUACCUACCUGCGCAUAGACAGUUAACAGUAGAAACUCAUCACCUCGGUAUCUAUAAUGGGAUAAUAGGAAAGCUUAAAACAACAUACGAUGAACAUAAGUUGUAUAACGCUCCUGUGCUAUACUUUGAGCGAAGGUAUUUUAAGACGUCUCUCAAUAAACUAAGAAAGAUAUUAAUCAAGCAUGUCAUCGCAAAAAAAACACACACACACACACAAAAAAAGAAGGAGACUAUAAAAAUAUUGUUAAAUGAGAAUUAUCUAGAACCAAUGAUGUACGUGAGUGACCAUUACUCAUUAAAUAAAAUUGUUACAUACAUUGAAGCUCUCGAACAGACUGCUAAUGCAGAUGUCAUAAUGAUUGAAAGAGUACUUCAGGUUAUAGGAGAAAUGCUAAAAAACUCUCCCGAGACGUCACAUAUAUCAGACUUUACAAAAGCUCUCUUGCAGACAGCAAUAUCCACAGACACCAUCAAACAUCUACAAGACAUUAGAGAGUUCUUGUCACAUACUGACAAAGAACGACUGAGUAUCAGGAUUGAUAUCGAGAACAAACAAGCUGAUAAGUUACGAAAUGUCCAAAAAGAAUUAGUAAAAACCAAAGAACAAAUUGUUCCUAUUCUUGAUUUCUGUAAAUCUGUUCUUGAUAAAUCAUUAUUACAAAAUGGUUUAGAUCUACUAGAAAAAAGAAUCAAGAAGUUGCCAGACGGUGCUAGACAACGCGUUGAUGAAAUAUGUCGCCUUUAUGAAGAACGUGGAAAUGACUUAGUUUCGGAGGAUGGUGAAUAUUAUACAAAAGAAUGGAAACCAGCUGACUUGCCAUAUCAAAUGCUAAAAGAAAUUCCACAUCUAUUACAAAACCGAGAUGAAAUUUCAUCGAAAAAGAAAGGAAUAGAAAAUGAAAUAAAUAACAAAAUCGCGAAAUUAUUACCAAAGUAUAUUCACAAUAUGAUACUAACACUGGAACGUAUAAGCGAGAACUAUAAUCGUAUAGAUAAUUAUAACAAGUUACUCGAAACAUUCUCCGAGAACCCUAAGAAGAAACGGAAGAAAUUAAAUCUUACGAAACUCGAUCAUAUUUCGAUAAAUGCAAAUAUACUCAAGAGGAGACGGAAGCAAUUAGACGGAAUAAUAAAUCAAAAUAUAGAAAAUAAUGAAAAUAAUGAAAAUAUUGAGAAAAUGAUUGAUUGUAUUAAAAAUGUAAAAGAUUAUUCAAAGUCGUGGAUGUCAAUAAAAACAAUGGUAAGCGAAUGCAUUAAAAGGUUUAGUAUUUUUGCUUCAUUAAAAAAUUCUCCCGAUGAAUUAAAAAUUGAAAACAUAAAUUCUGUGUUACGGGAAAUGAAUAAAGUAUGUUCAGAGCACAAUCAAUCAACAAAUAAUACUACCGAACAAAAGCUAUCAUUUCAAAAAAUAAAAAAAUUACAUAAUACUAUCGUCGAACGAACCGAGUCUAGCAGAAAUAGUGAUGGACGAUGGGAAUUAAUAAAAUGUUUAAAUAAUCGCAUUCAAAAGCUAAAGAAAACUCUAGGGUAUCCACAACAAAUACAUUUACGUAAAUAUGUUCAGCGAUACAAGCGGGAUCCAGCGUUUCGUUUUGUGUUAGAAAUGCUACUGGCUGACAUAGAGAACAUUAUAAAUAAUAACAAACAUAACUCGAGGAAAAGUGGGAAGUUGCUGGAAGGUAUUGUCCUGGGUAACGUGCUGGAUCACGGCAAUCCAUUCUUAGAGGUGAUCGGGGAUAUAUUUGACUGCCACGAGCUGCCUCGGGAGAUCAUGUCAACAGCGAUAAGUUUUGCUGAGGAUGAAGAAGCCGUCAAAGCUCUCGAGAAACUGUUCCUAGCGAAUGUACACUUUGAUACUAUCAACAAUGGUACGCUGGCAAAUAUGAACGAUGUACAGAAAGACCUGUACUCAAAACUCAUAAAGUCACAGAACUGGAAAUCCUACGCGAUAUUAUUGAGAGAGAAGCCGGUUAAAAAAUUAACGUAACGAGAAAUGAAGUUUUGAAUGAUCAUAUGUUUAUUAAUCAGAUGCGGUAUUGUUUAAUCGUAUCUAAGAACUUUGUUUUAGUGAAUUCACAAAGGUAUACUAUUGUACUACUAUAUACUAUGUUAUAUAAGUGAAAUGAUAUGUGAUUUUAACUUAAUGUUGGUAAACGAUGUAGCUUUUUGUUUUUAAAUAUUGUUUGUUUAGUUCGUUGGUGUUGAUGUUAAUGUUUUAUGGUUAGUUUAUAUCUUACUUAUACUUAUACUUAUACUUAUACUUAUACUUAUACUUAUACUUAUACUUAUACUUAUACUUAUACUUGUACUUGUACUUAUACUUAUACUUAUACUUAUAUGAUGCCCUGUAAAGAUAGUUGAAGGGUGUUUUUAAAUAUAAACUAAAAAUAACUUGUUGCACAGAGAACAGUCUCCUACUCAAAAUUCAAACAGGCAAAGAAUUUGCAGAGUACGAGUAUGUUAUUGAAACUAAUUGAAUAAAUUAUUGCUUUUGUAAUGAAUUUUCACAAUUAAAUGAAACCUUUUCUCAAAUAGUUUUAUUUAUUAGUCUUAAAGGAAAUUUAACAAAAACUAAUAAUUAUACAAUAUGGAUUUCACUCAUAUGACUUCAAACGAAACUAAAAGUAGUACUCGUCCACAGAAGCAUAAUACAACCAAUUAUUUCAACGAAAUCGAAAAUCAAAACUUUGAAAUUAUCGAAAAAAAUAAAUUUUAGUUUAAAAUUCUAUGCAAAUACCUCCUUGUACAUACAUUGACCACAGAAGAGCUGUAAUAUUGUAGGUAGAUUGUCUAAAAAUGUUACAGACAUCCAACGCGGUUGUUACAAGGCCGUAUUUUUAAAGGGUGUUCAAAUUACCUCAAAGAGAAAAAUGUACUUUUCGGAAAAAGUGCAUGAACUAAUCAGAGUUGUAGCAGACGCAGUUAUGCCUCCCAAAUAUUUGUGCCACCCUGGGACAGAAUUUGAUGCUUUGGUUCAGUGAAU